UUGCUCAUUCUUGCACCUGGCUCCACUUUUCCUCUGCAACCAUGACUGGCAAACCCAGUAUGGCUGAGAUGGAGAAAUUCGAUAAGUCGAAACGGAAGAAGACAGAAACGCAAGAGAAAAAUCCACUGCCUUCCAAAGAAGCGAUUGAACAGGAGAAGCAAGCAGGCGAAUCGUAAUGACUCACGCGCCGCCAAUAUGCACUGUACAUUCCGCAAACAUUGUGGAAUGUACAUUCUUAUUUUACUUCUUUAGCUGUUUAACUUUGUGAGAUGCAAAGAGGUUGGAUCAAGUUUAGAUGACUGUGCUGUCCCUUUCAUAUCAAAGAACUACUGACAACGAAGGCCGCGCCUGCCUCUCCCAUCGGUCUAUUUGGCUGGCAGGGAAAUAAAGAACUUGCAUGUUGGUGAAGGAAGAAGUGGGGUGGAGGAAGUGGGGUGGGACAAGUGUGAAAUCCAGAGUAAAACCAAGCUGGCCCAAGGUAUCUGCAGGCUGUAACGCAGUU